AUGCCUCCCCAUCGAUCGCGAUUUGAACCCCUGGAUGUCGAAAAUAUUCUCGCCAGUCUUACAUUAACAGAAAAGGCAAGGUUGCUAGCAGGUGUCGGAUGGUGGCAUACAUACGCAGUGAGACGCCUUGGGGUACCUGCUCUGAGGUUAACUGAUGGACCGAACGGGGCGCGUGGCACUAAAUUUUUUGAAGGAGUUCCCGCUGCUUGCUUCCCUGGUGCUACUGGUUUGGCCGCGUCUUGGGAUCUGGAGUAUCUCCGCACCGUUGGGAGAAUCAUAGCACUCGAUUGUAAAGACAAGGGAGCUCAUGUAUUACUUGGUCCAACAGUCAACAUCCAGCGCUCUCCCCUCGGGGGAAGAGGAUUUGAGUCCUACUCAGAGGAUCCAGUUCUUUCUGGGUAUAUGGCCCGUGCGUUUAUUGAGGGGUUGCAGUCCGAAGGUGUAGCAGCAACAAUCAAACAUUUCGUAGCCAAUGAUUCUGAGUUUGAAAGAAUGUCCAUAUCUUCCGAGGUAUCUACAAGAGCUCUUAGGGAGAUCUAUCUGAGGCCGUUCGAGCUAGCCUGUCGAGAGACGGAAAGUCCAGCAUGGGCGGUAAUGACCGCAUACAACCGUGUUAAUGUCCUCGAUUUUCCAGGUAUACACGCUUCGGAGAACAAAUAUCUACUGAACACCGUUCUACGCAAUCAAUGGGGAUGGAAGGGCUUGAUUAUGUCCGAUUGGUUUGGGACGUCUUCCGCCGACCUCUCGAUCAAGGCUGGGCUUGAUCUCGAAAUGCCUGGCCCUGCUGUAUGGCGCGGAGAUGCAUUACAACGCUGUGUCGCUGUACAAAAGGUUGGUAUAUCUGAAAUAGAUGAGCGAGUGCGACAGCUGCUAGGUUUGAUUAACAAGGUAUCGGCAUCCGGCAUUCCAGAGGAUGCAGAGGAGAAUGGCAAUCCAACUGAAGAAGUCGUAGGAGAACUACGCGAAGCCGCCAGGAAUGCCAACGUUCUUCUAAAGAAUGACACUAACUUACUCCCGUUGAACCUAUCUAAAAUCAAAUCAAUAGCAAUCAUCGGGCCCAAUGCUGAUGCACCUGUCUUCUCAGGCGGAGGAUCUGCGAAUCUGCGUCCAUAUCAGCACACCACCGCUCUCGAAGGCAUCCGUAAUGCCUUGGAAAGUACGGAUAGUCAGGUCAAGGUUCAUCAUGUGAUUGGCGCCCUUUCUCACAAGCUGGCGCCUUUGCUUGGUACUAAGCAGCUGAGAACCAAAGAAGGCAAACCUGGGUUCGAUAUUGAAUGGUUCCACGAAGAUCCAGUGAAGAAUAUAAAUGCUGAGAGGGUGCACUACACACACGGAACCCACUCUUCUAUGUGGUUUAUCGAUAACUUACCAGAGCACCUAAAUCCCCGAUGCUGGGCUACUAUCACCGCAACAUAUACACCAGAGUUCUCCGGAAAACAUGAAUUCGGAGUGUCAGCAGAUGGACUAGUUGAUAUGUACUUGGAUGGAACGAAAAUCAUUGAUAAUUCAACGAGCCCAACUCCUGGAUCUGCAUUCUUUGGGACUGGUACGACUGAGGUUUUGGCCACCGUCAACCUUGAGGCAAACAAAUCCGUUCAGAUCGUACUUCAAUAUGCCAGUGCCCUGUUAGCAAGGGAGAAGGGGAUACCAGAGUCUGAAUUCGCUUCGCUGUUGAAUUCUCGAGGUGGCUGCCGAUUUGGUGGGGGGCCUAUUUUUACUGUAGACGAGGGCAUUCAAGAUGCUAUCGAGGCCGCCAAAGGAGCCGACGCUGCCAUCAUUGUAAUUGGUUUGAAUAAUGACUGGGAGUCGGAGGGACACGACCGCACAAAUAUGUCACUUCCCGGCGCUACAAACCAACUCGUCUCCGCCGUAUUGAAGGCUAAUAAACAAACUAUUAUCGUUGUCAUUAGCGGGACCCCGGUUACUAUGCCUUGGGCUUCAGAAGCAAGCGCAGUCAUCCAAUCGUUUUACGGAGGAGGCGAGUCUGGGAACGGGCUCGCUGACGUAUUGCUUGGAAAGGUAAACCCAAGCUCAAAACUACCUUUAUCAUUCCCUAAGGUUGGGUUGAUUUCGUUUGAUUUACUCGAACAUGAAUUGACUGAGUAUCAGAGGGAUGAAGAUGUACCUUCGUAUUUGAAAUUCCCGGGGGAGAAUGGUAAAAUAGUCUACGCCGAAGGCGUGUUUGUCGGGUAUCGACACUAUGAGAGACUCAAGAAGGAUGUUCUGUUCCCAUUUGGACAUGGGCUGUCGUACACGCGGUUCGACUAUCAGACUAUAACGCUCUCGGGAUCAAUUGGGAACGAUUCUACGGUUGAUGCUGAAGUUACCCUGCAGAAUGCCGGACAGUUCUCGGGCCGUGAAGUUGUGCAAAUCUACGUUCAGGACGUAGUGUCUCGAUUAGACCGCCCAACCAAAGAGCUCAAAGGAUUUGCGAAGACUGCCUUGAUAAAACCGGGCGAAAUAGCAACCGUAAAGAUUGUGUUGGAUCGAUACGCGUUUGCUUACUUUGAUGAAUGGGCUGGGCCUGAUGCUAAGGAUGGUGAAGGGCGCUGGGUGGCUGAGAAGGGCGAGUUCCGAAUUAUUGCAGCCGCGAGCAGCGAAGAUGAAAGGAUAUGA